AUGUUUGUUAGGUCUGGGACUAAGAAGAUUAGCUUUAGUCAGGAUACGAAAGGGACGGACUCGUCUAUUACAGAAGAUACAUCGCCGAUUGUGAUACCACAGCUGCAGCAGCAAUAUUAUCCUUUAUAUGCAAUUGAUAAGAUAAAACCUGUAAAAAUAUUGAGGGAUAUCCAGCUUAGUGAUAUAUGGUUUUGGCUUGUUUUUACUGGAGGAUUUUUAAGGAAAGUUUUAUUGGAAAAAAUAAGGGAAAAAAUGAUAUUUAUAAAAAACUGAAAAAGCCGCAGAAAAAGUUGGAAACUUCAGAAAAUGACAGAGAAAAGGAAAAAACAGAAAUCCACAUCGAUGGGGAACACACAAUAGCUCCCUCCUCCCUGAGCGAACAUAAAAAAUUUUGUUCAUAAAUUUUAUUGUAAAUUUGUUUUUUCAUUUAAAAAAAUCCCAAUUCGCAAAAUUGGAAAGUAAAUAUAAAUUUAAUUUGUAAUGUAUGUUUUAAAAUGCAAUUUGUUUAAAAAUUAAACAGAAUUAGCUAGAGAUUUCAUUAUAUUAAUUAUCACUUAUAUAUCAAAAAAUUUUUUCAUAAAAAAUAUUUUUGUUUACUCAUGAAGGGUGGGUUUUGGUCAAAAAAUAGGGACUUUUCCAAUAGUUUUGUUCGUUCACGGAGGAGGGAUUAAGAAAAUUCUGGGAAACUGUAAAAAAUAAUCAAAAUAUCCAGGACGAAGAGUCCUUGUUUUCAGCUGGCAGUGGUAGAAGAACAGAAGUUUCAGGCAAACUGUUAAGAUCAUCUACAAUAGUUGACAAUACAGUCGUUGCUAAUCUUUUUAAACAAAGGCUUCUAGAAAGCUUAACAAGCUCCCAAAAAAUGUACGAAAGCCAAAAAACCUUGACUUUUUCUGCCAAUCCUUCAGAAUCCCCAUCUUCCUCUAGCAGCGACUCUUCUAAUGAAGAAGACGAAGAAAACGUAAAGCCAAGAUUUAAAAGGAGAUCAAGCACUGUCAUGCCAAUCCUUUCAAGGCUGUGCUCUGCUGCUUUGCCUAAAAAAGAUAUUAACCCUGAAAUCACUAUAAUUGAAGAAGUCAGAGAUGAGCCGACCCCAACUAAAAAAAAUAAAUCCAAUUUUAUGGGCAGUGCAAAAAAAUAUUUACCGGUGUCAUCUGCUAGAAGAGAGGCUAAUAAAGAUGAAUAUAAUGACGCGCCCAGGAGGAGAUCAAUGAUGGUUUCUUCAGGAAAUUUAUUACAAAUCCCAGUUUCGCCGAUUUCUCCAAGUUCGCCACCAAUUCAUUUAAAUCCUGCUGAUAUUUCUAGGAGGAGCUCGUUUACAAAUAAUUUGAAUCCUGCUGAUAUCUCUAGGAGGAGCUCAUUUACAAAUAAUUUGAAUCCUGCUGAUAUUUCUAGGAGGAGCUCAUACACAGGGAUAAAUUUUAUAAAUUCUCCAGAAGUAUCGUCUAGAGGGAGCUUUUUAAAUACAACAGAGCCAAGAACACCUACAGUUUUUUUGAAAUCUCCAAAAAUGGCUGGCUGGGAAACCUUGGACUCAGAAAAAAAUCAAAAAAUACCCAAAAUAAAGGAGAUAACAAGGAUUGAGAGUGUUAAAUAUGAAACUGAUCAGGAAAACCAAAGUGAAGAUUCUUCUCAUAGUAAUGAAAAUGAGAAUACUCUAAAAAAGAAGCCAGCAGCAAGGUAUUUUAAGCAGAAAAUAAUUUCGAAUAAAGAUAAUGGGAAUCCAAGAAAAGUUAAAAAAUAAAUUAUAAAACGAAGAAAUUUACUUAUUACAACCUGCCCUAAUUUUUAUAAAAAAUAGGUAUUUUUGUUUAAAUUUUAGGUAAUAUUCUCCAUAAAUGGUAUAUUCUUUCCAAGCAAUUUAAUGUCUCAUUUGACAGUAAUCCAAUUUUUUCCCAAAUCUAUUUCAACACUCAAGAUAGCCCUCUCAGCCGACAAGGGUCCCGAAAAUUUUCAUUUACCCACGCAAAUUCCAACUUUUCUCGAUGUUUUUCGAAUAAAUCCAUUCAUUUUGACUGUCCCAAAAAUUUGAAAAUAUUUGGUAUCAGAUCAAAACUAUACGAAAGAGCCUUUACGAGAAGCUCAAAUCCUUCAAAAAUAAAUCAUUCGUUUUCAGAAACCAUGAUUACACAGAAAAAAAUAGAAAAAAAAGCUUGGGUUCCUAUAUACCCUUCUAUGCUUGAAACUAGCAGUAUUAUGAAAGUUCGCAAGCUUGAGCCUCAUAGAAUAAACGUAGAAGGAAAUUUAUAUACGAGGCUGAGAAGCACACAAUUAAAAAAGCCGAUUUUAAAAAGUUUAUUGAUAUGUUAA